AUGCAGUCUGCUAUGGAGAAGAUGGAGAUCACGCUCAAGGGUUUGCUGACAUAUCAGAGCGACUUCGAGAAGGGGAGGCCAGGAAUCGAAGCGGAGGAGGUGGGGAUGAUGGAAGCACCAAAGUCCGUUCAGAAUCUGGUGGCGAACGCCAUAUCGGCGCGCGUCAUCUCCAUUGAGAAGGAUGGCUCCGUCUCCGACACGCCAGCAACGUCCAUGCCUUCUCCGGCCUCAGAUCCGCGGCAUGAUACCAGCUUCACCACCACACGCACGUGUCUGGGCACAGACCAUGCUGUCACCGCCGCGAGCAGGCGCGCCGGUGCGGGCCACGUCGCGAGUGAACGCACGAGAGGGCGCCACCGUCGCCCCCAGCCGUGCGGACGAGCAAGCGCCCCUGCCGCCGUCGCGGGCACACGCGGACCGUCGCCGCCGCCGCGUAGGCGAGCGUGCGCGGGCCGUCGCCGCUACACAGGUAGCACCGAACCGUGCCCCGUCCAGGCGCCCCUGUCGCCAUCGCGCAGGCGAGCGCAAGCGGGUCGCCGUCACCGCCGCCACAUUGACUCCCUGAAGUGGUGUCUGGUUAUUGAAGCGAAGGGGGUGGAGAUGGCAGAAGCACUAACGAACAUCCGGAAUCAGGCGAACAACGUGGCGCGGAAGGCACUCGGAGUUCCUCUUUCCAUUUCGGUGGUGGCACGCUCCUCGAUGUCGAUUCCUCUGGUAACUACGUCGAGCGGAGCGACAACUGGACCAAUUAUCCAACAAAUCGCUGAUCCUUAUCAACAACCAGCUACUGAUUUGAAUGCAACCCGAAUCCCUAUUCUAGUGGAAGAUGUGGUGACCGAGUUCAUCAAUGGGUUGGUGGAUAUUUACCCAGAUCUGCAGUACCUCGAAGAGUUCCCUCAGAUUAAGGUCGUUCAUCGUGUUGAGGUCGAGCACAGUUCCUAUGACAAAGUUGCAGUCAUCUCAGGUGGUCAAAGUGGCCAUGAACCUGCCCAUGCUGGAUUUGUUGGUCCUGGAAUGCUGACCGCUGCUGUCUCUAGAGAGGUCUUCACUUCUCUACCUGUUGAUUCUAUUUUAGCCAUUGUUCGAGCUGUAACUGGUUCCAAGGGGUGCUACACGGAUGCAAAGAUGUCUCUCGACGAGGGUUUUAAGCAGGCAAAAUCUGAAGGCUAUAAUAUGGAGAUGGUCGUUGCUGGAGCUGGUUGUGUUUUUUCCCCACCUAGAGGAAUAGCAGGUAGAAGAGGUUCAGCUAGAACAAUUAUUGUGCAUAAAGUUGCUGAAGAAGCAAAACCUGCAUUUGAAGUUGACGUUACGAUGGGAGUUGCACUUUCUGUUUGCACAUUGCCAGAGCAAGUUACUUCUGGGAGUUUGGGUCAAAGGCAACUGGAGCUUGGCCUUAGAAUCCAUGGAGAACUUGGUGUUGCUGUUGUUGAACUCCAGUCAGUUGAUAUAGUAGCAGAACAUGUUCUUAAGCAGAUAGUGUCACGAGAAACUCAGUAUCUUCCUAACACAAGGGGUUGCAAUGAUGUUCUCCUAGUGAAUGGAUUAGGCGCCACUCCUAUCAUGGAACUUAUGAUUGCAGCAGUUCCUGAGUUGCAAUUGGUGUAUGACAUUGCUAUUGACAGGGUCUACACUGGCACAUUAUUGACAUCACUGGAUAUGGCAGGAUUAUCCAUUACCGUUAUGAAGUCUGACCAAAGUAUUUUGAGGAGACUUGAUGUUCUCACUAAAGCUCUAGCUUGGCCAGUUGGUUAUGAAGGAACUCGUCCACCAGCAAAGCUUCAUGUUCCUCUAGCACCAUCACCAUCAAUGAAGGAUGACGAGAUUCUUGCUCCAUCUCAAGAGCUGAGCAAGCAGUUCUUGAUGUUUCAUAUGCACCAGCAAAGUUUUCCAUGUGUACCAACUUGGGGACAAGUUGGAUCUCUAGGAGGGGGAAAUGUCAGCAGCUCUAGGUGCUAUACAAAAGUUAAGGAUGGUAGCUCCGGAUGUUCUACGGAAGCCAAGCCAUGCAAGACGAGGAGAAGCAGGCUUCUGAAGCUGUUGAAAGAGGGAAGCUGA